CCCUCUUUGUGGCUGCAGUUGGCAAGAUGGCGCCGGUGGGGGUGGAGAAGAAGCUGCUGCUGGGCCCCAACGGGCCGGCAGUCGCGGCCGCCGGUGACCUGACCACUGAGGAGGAGGAGGGCCAGAGUUUGUGGUCCUCGAUCUUGAGUGAAGUGUCCACUCGCGCCAGGUCCAAGCUGCCGUCCGGCAAGAACAUCCUGGUUUUCGGUGAAGAUGGUUCUGGUAAAACAACCCUUAUGACUAAGCUACAGGGAGCUGAGCAUGGCAAAAAAGGAAGAGGCCUAGAAUAUCUCUACCUCAGCAUCCACGAUGAGGACCGAGAUGAUCACACGCGCUGCAAUGUGUGGAUUCUGGACGGAGACCUGUACCACAAAGGCCUGCUGAAGUUUGCUGUUUCUGCUGAGUCCUUGCCAGAGACCCUGGUCAUUUUUGUUGCAGACAUGUCUAGGCCUUGGACUGUGAUGGAAUCUCUUCAGAAAUGGGCUAGUGUUUUACGUGAGCACAUUGAUAAAAUGAAAAUUCCACCAGAAGAAAUGAGAGAACUGGAACGGAAGUUUGUGAAGGAUUUUCAAGAGUAUAUUGAGCCUGAAGAAGGUUUUCAAGGUUCCCCACAGAGAAGAGGGCCUCUGACCUCAGGCGCAGAUGAAGAAAAUGUUGCCCUGCCUCUCGGUGACAAUGUGCUUACUCAUAACCUGGGGAUCCCAGUAUUGGUGGUGUGUACAAAGUGUGAUGCAGUGAGUGUCCUGGAGAAGGAGCAUGACUACAGGGACGAGCACUUUGACUUCAUCCAGUCACACCUUCGGAGCUUCUGCCUACAGUAUGGAGCUGCCUUGAUUUACACAUCAGUGAAGGAAGAGAAAAACCUCGACUUGUUGUAUAAGUACAUUGUUCAUAAAACCUAUGGUUUCCACUUUACCAUACCUGCCUUAGUUGUGGAAAAGGAUGCAGUUUUUAUACCCGCAGGCUGGGACAAUGAAAAGAAAAUAGCUAUUUUACAUGAAAAUUUCACAACAGUGAAGCCAGAAGAUGCUUAUGAAGACUUCAUUAUGAAACCUCCUGUGAGAAAGCUGGUCCAUGACAAAGAGUUGGCAGCGGAGGAUGAGCAAGUGUUCCUAAUGAAGCAACAGUCACUCCUUGCCAAGCAGCCAGCCACGCCCACAAGAGCUUCCGAAUCCCCUGCAAGAGGACCUGCUGGUUCGCCAAGAACCCAGGGCCGGGGAGGACCAGCCAGCGUACCCAGCGCCUCCCCAGGCACAUCGGUAAAGAAGCCAGAUCCAAACAUCAAAAAUAACGCAGCAAGUGAAGGGGUGUUGGCUAGUUUCUUCAACAGUCUGUUGAGCAAGAAGACAGGCUCUCCUGGAAGUCCUGGUGCCGGCGGGGUGCAGAGCACAGCCAAGAAGUCAGGACAAAAAACUGUGUUGACAAAUGUUCAGGAAGAACUGGAUAGAAUGACUCGAAAACCAGACCCCAUGGUAACAAACUCUUCAACGGAAAAUGAAGCCUGAUACUCGUUAAAAAGUGUAUAUGUAAAAUGACCAAAUAACUAUGUAUAUUGAUCUGCUAAGACCAGGAUUUUUCUGAUAUGGCACAUGCUAUCAGUUUUUUGGGGCCAGGGAGAUAACUUAAAAAAAACAAAAAAACAAAAAACAAAAAAAAACUUCAUUGGCUUGUCCGAGUGUGAAAUGCCCAUUUAGGAAGGUUACGUGUCAGACCCCUUUGUUAAGGAUGACCAUUGGACUCUCGGGCAUGUGGCUGUCUUAUGGACACGAGUGCAGCUGGGCUUCUUGUGGAGGGGAAGGUGGAUGGAGGGAAAGAGGCCCCAGUUUCUAUCAGGGUGAAGCAAAUGAGACCAGGAAAUCAUUGAUCAGAUGGCAGUUAGUCUGACCAAUUGCCUGUUAGCAAAUUCACUUGUUCUUGAGAAGCAGAUGAAAUGGCAAAAAGUCCAGGGAAGAGAAAGACUGAAGGAGGAAUGAGAGAAGUGAUGAUGGGGAAGCUGAACGUUGAGGGAGGUGGAAGAAGGAGAUGAGCAGUGUUAGUAAAUACUGUGUGUUCAGUAGAAGUCAAAUAAUCAUUGUUUAAGAUUUAAGUUUAGAAGCAUUUCCAAACUAAACACUAAAGCAAAAUGGGAAUUAGACUUGUUCUGAAUGCAUCUUUAGCUUAUCAGAGAUGUGUUAGGUGUGGGGGUGCCUGCGUCAGGUGAAGCUGACACGGGUGGGGAAGACGGCAGGUUGCCCAGGACCCACAUGCUUGAUCCAGGCCAUGGCCUUGUAGGAGGUGCUAGGCUCCACGCAUAUGCAUUGUGGGGCAGACAGUCACUGUGGGAUGCGUUGAAAGUCAGCAGUUACAAAUUUAGUUAACUUUGAAUUGUGUUUUCUAAAUAGCGCCUGCUUUAUUUAAUUUUUUUUUUUUUUAACUACCACAGGCUGGCCUACUAAUAGAGUGAGUGACUGACCUCUCGUUUUACCAUAAUGCAGUGCGCUACAGAAAGUCCAAGGGAGGUUGUUAAUGUCAUUGCAGUCUGGUUCAUUGGCUUGCACCAGUCCCUGCCUUACAGUCCGUGGAGACCUUCACAGAUUUCCACUGAUAAAAAAAGGGUCUUGUCUUAGUUUUCUGGUCUGAGCAGUGCUAUCAGAGGGAAGAAUAAGUGUGAAUGUUUUAUAUGGAAAAUGGAAAUGAUACAUUUCUCUGGUUUUGUGUUUUUCAUAAAACAUAGCAUUUUUUUCUUAUGGAAAUAAGAGUUUCAGGUGUCUCCCCAUUUACUGCAAAUUCAUGCACAGUGUCAUGUCAUGCCACCAUUCUGGAAAUGACUGUUGUGGAUUUGAAAUGGCACUUUUAAUUUUAUACAUGACGCAGCAUUUAAAUGCAAACACUACCAUGAAUUUAAUGUGUAAAGCAUUUGUUGUCAAACCAAGGGAAAAACCACAAUUCACUUAUGUGGAGUUUACUUUUUUAUAUGAAUGUUUUUUGUAAUGUGUCUGCGUAUAACUUCCCUAAUGUCGUUACUUUUGCAUACCAGAUUUGAUUGACCACUAAUAAACUACUGGGCAUAACUAAUAGCCUAUAUUAUAUAACAAGACUCUAAGAUGGUCUUGAAUUGCUUUUUUGUAAAUGUCUGAACACUGUUAAGGAGAGAGCUGAGUAUUUACUUGCCUUUCUGACAAAAAAAAAAAAAAAAAACAAA